UGAAGAAGAAGAAGAAGAACAAGAAGAAGAACAAGAAGAAGAAGAAGAAGAAGAACAAGAAGAAGAACAAGAAGAAGAAGAAGAAGAAGAAGAAAAUGGCUGAAAGUAUGGCUAAUGCGGCUGAAGAGUCAUCCACUCCUGACACUGAACAAUUAAAACUAUCUGACUUAUUGGAGCGUGGUUGGAAGAUACUUAAAGAACUGGACAGUUCAAACGAACCGUUUGGCCCCAACACUGUGCAUCGCAUUAAACGCGGCAUUAACAUGUUGGAAGACGCGUCGAGGAUGGUUGUUCAGCUCGACCUGUUUAGCCGUAACGAAGAGGUGGAAGAGAUCGCCACUGCAGACCUGAAGUAUCUUCUGCUCCCUGCCCUGCUCGGGGCCCUGCACAUGAAGCAGAGCAGCCCACACAAGCGGCUGGAGACGGUGCAGAUAGCUCGGGCUUACUUUAUGGAUUUCUUAAAGACGUGUCAUGUCUACAACAUCUCACAGUUUGAGCUGCCGAAGCCAUCAAAUGAAAACGGUGUUUCCGAGGAAACAUCGGAGGGCGUAUUUUCCAAAGCCAAGUCUUUUUCUGCAGGUCCAUCAAAUUUGGUUGCCAUGGCAGCAAAGAGACAAGCGAAGAUUGAACGGUAUCAACAGAGAAAGGAACUGGAGACUAGACUGUCGGAUGUUCACAAAGUAGUGGAGAGUGGACAGGCCGAUGACGAGGUCAGCAGAGAAUUUUACCUUCUGAAUGUCCAGAGAUGGAUCACUGUUUGUCUGGAGGAGAUGGAGGCCAUUGACCAGGAGGUGGAGAUACUUAAAAACAGGGAUGUUCUGAAGCAGAGACCUGCUAACCAACCAGCUCAGCCAACCAGAAAUCCCAUGAAACCCUUCAUCCUCACUAGAGAUGCUUUACAGGCUCAAGUACUCGGCGCUGGAUAUCCUAGCCUCCCCACCAUGACGGUGGAUGACUGGUAUGAGCAACACAAAAAACAUGGAGUCCUGCCUGAUCAGGGCAUGCCGAGCAAAGUUGCUGUGGAGGACAACACUGAUGAGCAGGCGAGAGAUGAAGAAAAAGAGAAAAAGGCUGAGAAUGAUGAUGAAGCUUCUUUGUUAAAAGACAGAAACUGGGAUGAGUGGAAAGAUGAUCACCGCCGAGGAUAUGGAAACCGCCAGAACAUGGGCUAAUCCUUUCUUAAUGCACUCUUAAUUUCAUGUUUGCAAUGUAAACAACAAAGUGGAUGUUCCUCACACGUUAUUGCUCCUAAAAAUUUAAGUAUAAGAAUGUCUCAAAAUUGGGAAUGGCCCUUAUGUUCUUUGAUUUAUCUUCUGUAGAAAAUAGCUGUUUGAUGAAACUAUAAAUCAGGAUUAAUAGUUUAAACAUCCUUCUUAUAUUUCAUUAAUGCCAUGGUUUUUAAGCUACAUGAUGGUUGCACAACUAAGCUUUUCCUUAUUUGUGACUACAAGAUACAAAAAUCCUGUUAGCCAAAGGGUGCAUGUAUCAGCACCAUGCUUUUGUAAUAUAAAUGUUCUUGUGAAAACUUAUCCAUGUGAUGUCACCAGAUCUGAACAUCUCAGAACUUCAGGUCAAAGAAAGCUGUCAAGUGAUUUCUUGUAUUGUGGUGUAUGCAGCAGCUGGAAUGGAGACUUCUAAUAAAAAGGCUGAGUAGACUCUU